GCUGAGUGGGUACUGCUAAGUAUGAGUGAAAUUCAGUUCUCUCAGAGUCAUAUUUUGGUUUUCCAGGGGUGGCCACUGACAAUCCCAAUGCAGUGGUGGUAGGACUGGCUCCUGAGCACUUUCACUAUGAGAUGAUGAACAGAGCGUUUCGGUUGAUUUUGGAUGGUGCUCCUCUCAUAGCUAUACACAAAGCCAGGUAUUACAAGAAAAAAGAUGGCUUGGCUCUGGGACCUGGACCUUUUGUAACGGGGCUGGAGUACGCGACGGACGCCAAAGCGACGGUGGUGGGGAAGCCGGAGAAGACCUUCUUCCUGGAAGCUCUGCGGGGGACAGACUGUGCCCCAGAGGAGGCCGUCAUGAUCGGUGACGACUGCAGGGACGACGUUGGUGGCGCCCAGAACGCAGGCAUGCGUGGCAUCUUGGUCAGGACUGGUAAAUAUCGACCAGCAGAUGAAGACAAAAUCAAUCCUGCUCCUUACUUAACCUGUGAGAAUUUCCCAGCGGCGGUGGAACAUAUCCUAGAGCAUCUGCUGUGAGGAAGGGAAUAGUUAGUUUGAAGGAACGUCCGUGCCACAUAAUUUCCUUUACUUUGGCUUCAAAAAUUAAGGUUGCAGGAUCAAUGCAUGCAUCAGCAGCCCAGCUGUGAGCUCCUCCCACUCAGCAGAGCUGGGAAGCCCCUUUCCUGUAGUAGAUUCAGGAGGAUGCGAUGAGGGACCGCGGAUGCUCAGCAGGUGAGACAGACGGGAUACAAACUGCUGAAUAAGCUAAAUUGGAAAAAAAAAACCACAACAAAACACUGGAAAUACUCAAAUAUAAACCUCAAAGACUAACAGAGCCGUAGUCAGCCUGUAGUGAUUUCACUGAGCAUGCCUCUGCUCUGCUCUAAUUUAAAGGUAGGGAGAAUGCACAUUGAGAAGUGACUUUUAAAUUAAAAUAUCACCAUUGUUUAAUAAUAACUACUGUUUGAUAUCUUUCCUCUCAUUAGAACAGAUGCUGGGGUUUUUUUGUUUUUCAGAUUUUACAUCAAAUUAAAACUGUCAGCACUUUACAGAUGUUUUAAUUAGAUGCUGUUAUUAAAAAGAAUGGUACAGAAACAAAAAAAUCUGGUAUUAAAUGCCUCAGAGACUGUGAAUUUUUGAAAUUAGACUUCAGCGGGGUCCUAUUAAUGCUACAGUUGCAAAAUUUUACUAUUGUUGGUGGGGUUUUUUUGUUUCUUUUUAAUGUUAUGGGAAAAAAAUCCUUCACGAGCCAUGGGGACAGAUUCCAGUUUUUCCACAGUUGGUUAGUAGAGCCGUAAAAUGAAAUUUAAUUCUGUAGUAGGCAGAGCUUUUCCUACGCGCUAAAUCCCCCAACACGAACCAACUUCGUAAUGACAGUAAAUAGCUUUUCUGGUCCAUUUGCAAACUGUAAUAAUCAAAGUCCUUUACAGUUUGUUUUACAGUGCUCCUGAGUGUUAAAUUAUUAGAUUGUAAUUAUACAUUGCUGGAGUAUUAACCUUAUUGAAAAUAUAGUUUUGUGUUAAUGAGC